CUUGGACAGGACUCGCUGCAGCGUAGAGAAACGAGUUCACGAGCUGCUUGCUAUAGGGUACAAAGAAUUACCCCCAGCAAGAUUCUCUUCUGGCUAUCCUUCUUUUCUUCUCUGUCCAGCUCUAGCUAGAGAGACAUGGCAGGUCUCAUUCUCAAUAACAAAAGCAUGGCUCUAUGCCUUGUUUUGGUGAUAUGUGGUUUUGGGUUGUGUUUAGUCUCUACACAUGCAGAGCUUCAAAGAUUUGGACAGCCUGCAAAAACUGAUGGGACUCUUUCCUUUUUGGUGCUUGGAGAUUGGGGCAGAAAGGGUGCUUUCAACCAGUCUGAAGUUGCUGUUCAGAUGGGAAGGAUUGGAGAGAAGCUGGACAUAGAUUUUGUAGUUUCAACAGGUGAUAAUUUCUAUGAUAAUGGAUUGACUGGUAAGCAAGACAAAGCAUUUGUGGAAUCAUUUUCUCAAAUCUACACUGCAAAUAGCCUGCAAAAGCAGUGGUACAGUGUCUUGGGAAACCAUGACUAUAGGGGGAAUGCAGAGGCACAAUUGAGCCAACAACUUAGGAAAAUUGAUAGCAGGUGGCUAUGUUUGAGAUCUUUCAUCGUCAAUGCUGAUGUUAAUUUAGGAUUUAUUCAUUACAUUCAGGCCAAUAAUGUAGAUUUUUACAUGAAUGGACAUGACCAUUGCCUUGAACACAUCAGUGACACUGAGAGUCCAAUACAAUUUCUAACCAGUGGAGCUGGGUCGAAGGCAUGGAGGGGUGACAUUAAAGAACAAAACAAAGAUGGUCUAAAAUUCUUCUACGAUGGUCAAGGUUUCAUGUCUGUGCAGUUGACUCAGAAUGAAGCAGAGAUUGCAUUUUAUGAUGUUUCGGGCACUGUUUUGCAUAGAUGGAUUACAACAAAGUUGCUCCACUCAUCAACCUAGGGAUCCAUAGCCAACAGAUUGUCAUUAUUAUAAAUUUUUAUUUUUUUCCUAUCAUUAUUGAGCUCAUGUUCCAUUUGUCAUUGAGCACUGUGAUAAUAGUGAGUUGGGGCCACCUCAAAAAAGAAAAAAAAAUAGAGUUCUAUAAUGUCAUGAAAAUGAUUAAAUAGAUGGAGAGCUUCUAGCAAUCUUCAUGGGA